AUGGCGGGCAGGCAGUCUGGUUGGAGCCAGGCAGCUCUCCUCCAGUUUCUUCUUGGCAUGUGCCUAACGGUGAUGCCACCCACCCAAGCCCGGAGCCUGCGCUUUGUUACCUUGCUGUAUCGACAUGGAGAUCGGUCACCAGUGAAGACAUAUCCCAAGGACCCCUAUCAGGAAGAGAAAUGGCCCCAGGGGUUUGGUCAGCUAACCAAGGAGGGGAUGCUGCAGCACUGGGAGCUAGGCCAGGCUCUGAGGCAGCGCUACCAAGGCUUUCUGAACACCUCUUACCACCGCCAAGAGGUUUAUGUGCGAAGCACUGACUUUGACCGAACUCUCAUGAGUGCUCAGGCCAACCUGGCUGGACUCUUCCCUCCCAGUGAAGUGCAGCGCUUCAACCCUAACAUUUCAUGGCAGCCUAUCCCUGUUCACACCGUGCCCAUCACUGAAGAUAGGUUGCUGAAGUUUCCGUUGGGCCCAUGUCCCCGUUAUGAACAGCUGCAGAAUGAGACUCGGCAGACACCAGAGUAUCAGAACAGGAGUAUUCAGAAUGCACAAUUUCUGGACAUGGUGGCCAAUGAGACAGGGCUUACGAACCUGACCCUAGAGACCAUCUGGAAUGUUUAUGACACACUCUUUUGUGAGCAAACACAUGGGCUGCUCCUGCCGCCCUGGGCCUCACCCCAAACGGUGCACCGUCUGAGCCAGCUAAAGGAUUUCAGCUUCCUCUUCCUCUUCGGGAUCCACGAGCAAGUACAGAAGGCCCGACUUCAGGGGGGAGUUCUGCUGGCUCAGAUACUGAAGAACCUGACACUGAUGGCAACCACCUCCCAAUUCCCUAAGCUUCUGGUUUACUCUGCGCAUGAUACCACCCUGGUUGCUCUGCAAAUGGCCCUGAAUGUCUACAACGGAAAACAAGCCCCCUAUGCUUCCUGCCACAUAUUUGAACUGUAUCAGGAAGACAAUGGGAACUUCUCUGUGGAGAUGUACUUUCGGAAUGACAGUAAGAAGGCACCCUGGCCUCUGAUCCUGCCUGGCUGCCCUCACCGCUGCCCACUACAGGACUUCCUCCGCCUCACAGAGCCUGUCAUACCCAAGGACUGGCAGAAGGAGUGCCAGCUAACAAGUGAUACUGCAGACACAGAGGUGAUUGUGGCCUUGGCUGUCUGCGGCUCCAUCCUCUUCCUUCUCAUAGUGUUGCUCCUCACGGUCCUCUUCCGGAUGCAGGCCCAGCCUCCUGGCUACCACCAUGUUGCAGACAGGGAAGACCAUGCUUGACAACCACUCAGUCCCCUUCCCUCCGCCUCCUAGGGGAGGUGGGCUGAGUCCUCGCUCCUGACUGUUGCUGAUCCCAGCCCACGGACAGGAGUCCCUGGGUUUAGCCCCCCUGAUUACUUAAGCCCAAAUGAAUGAGAGAGGCUCGGCCGGGCCCAUGGCACCUCAGGCUCACCACCUCCAUGCCUGAUGUUUACCAUGUACUAUGUUGGACACUGGCCUUCUCCAGUGGGAUCUGCCUCUUCUAUACUCCCUAAGGACCUGAGAUACAGACUAGCAUUCAGCUUUCACUCAGGGCCUGGGACAAAAAAACAAAGCCGAAGAGGCCGGUGCUUGGCCUGCCUUGCUCUCCCACCACGCCUUCGUCUCUAGCCCACCACUUUGGCAAUGGCUUAGAGGACAUUGUCCCUUGGUACUUUUUUAGAGGCAAAAACUGCGAAUCAGUGGGAGCAUAAAAUGUGGCCAUCAAGGAACUGGGUCAUCCAACAGCAAAGCUUCCCUGUGGCUGAGGCUACUGUUAGCGUCAACCCUUGGCCUGAGCAGGUGUCUCAGGAGGUCUGAAGGAUAUACUUGUACUAUACCUGGAGAAGUGGAGGCCACAGGCAGCAGAGAAACACAUCAUGAAGUGACCCUCCCUGAAGUAAAUGCAGGGGUGACUGGACUGUUGACUGUGGCCCCCAGAGGGCUGAAGUGUCUCGGAGAAAAUGAAGGUUUGACUGUGA